CGUCUGACUAAGCGGCGGAAGAAAACUGCUGCGCUACCACGCGCCAAGCCAUUAGUGCGGUUUGCAGCGCGUGCGCAUGUCAUUUCACUCUCGCCGCGGAAAUUGCGAAUCACAGUUCGAUUUUCAAUUUACAUUUUUUAAAUAUUAAAGAAAAAGGCUUGGAUUUUUUUUGACUUAGUAAUAUUGACAUAGAAAUUGUGUAUGUGAGUGCGUCGAAAAGGGAAGAUGAAGUAUCAGGUCAAGGACAUGGACAGCGAGAGCGCGCGCUCUAGGAUGCCGGACAGCGGCCUAGAGGAGAAACUCGAGCGCACGGUCCGGCGGUCGACGGUGCUGAUCUGCGCACUGGGCGUCUGUCUGGUGGCGCUGGGAGUGUACACCUCGGUGCUGGUCCUCACAGACUAUAUGUCUCUGCACACAUGCGUCAGCGAGCAGUGCGUUAACACAGCAUCCCGAGUCAUAGCAGCCCUGGACAGGGAAGUGAAACCAUGCGACGACUUCUACGACUUCGCCUGUGGGGGAUGGAUGAAGAAGAACCCCAUACCCGACUGGUCCACCUCAUGGGACCAGCUGGCGCUGAUUCGGGAGCAACUCACCACGGACUUACGAGAGCUUCUGGAGUCCAAGGAUGACGAGGGACUACCAGGGAGCGUCCUCAAAGCCAAGGCUCUGUAUAGAACCUGCAUUGAUGUGGAAAAACUCGAAGUAAAAGGCAUCAAGCCGAUCCAGGACGUGCUUGAGAAACUCGGGUUGCCGCCGCGGCCGUCAGCACCGGGUGGUAACUUCAGCUGGGAAGAGGUGGCGGGACGCACGCGCCGCACGCUCGGCAUGAGUGUGCUGCUGAGCACGCAGAUCUCCGAAGACGUGAGGAACACCAGCCGCAAUAGGAUCGUGCUCGAGCAAGUGUCCCCCGGGUUCAGCGACAAAUACCUGCUCCUGCCCGAGCAGUUCGCCCACGAGAUUGAACAGUACCACAAGUAUAUACGGGCAGUUGUCGAGAUUGCGGACCCGGAAGUCGACGCGCAGCAGUUCGCUGACGAAAUCAUCAGCUUCAGCAAAAGUCUGGCUAAGAUAAUGACGCCGGUAGAGGUCCGUCGCAGCGGCACCCACCUGUUCCACGACGUGGCGGUCACACACUUCCUGCAGGGACCCACCGACGCGCCCCCGCAGUGGAAAAUGCAUGACUGGGAGAAAUACCUAUCUAUGGUGUUUGCUGACACUAAUGUGACACUGAGCCUCACUCAGGACAGACUUAUCGUGAUGGACCUGCCCUACCUGCAGAAACUAUCCGUUCUGCUCAACGCGACCGAGCCAGUUCUUGUUGAACGUUUCAUGUGGUGGAGUGUAUUCUCGACUCUCGCACCGAUGACCCUGGCGCAAUUCCGUACCCUCGGGUUCGAGUUCUCUCGCGCCGUGUACGGUCUGCAGCAGCGCACGCCGCGUUGGAAGUCCUGCACCGCCAACGUCAAUGCCAACUUCGGAGUUGCCGUCUCCUAUCUGUACGUGAAUAGGCAUUUCGACAACGCGUCUAGAGUUAAGGCGAUAGAGAUGGUGGAGGACGUUCGCUCGGCGUUCGCGGAGACUGUUCAAACCCUGGAGUGGAUGGACGGCACCACGCGUCAGAAGACCCUCACCAAGCUCGCCGCUAUACGCAACUUUGUGGGAUUCCCUGCCUGGUUGUUGGACACGGAGCGACUGGAUAAACACUAUCAACACGCAGAGGUGGUGGAGGGGGACCUAUUCGCGACGUAUCUCAAACUAACGUGGGCUGCUGUGAAGAAAUCGUUCAACUCGCUAAGGGAAAAACCUGACAGAGACAGGUGGGUGGCAACGGCCACUACAGUCAACGCGUUUUAUUCUGCCACACUCAACUCAGUCACUUUCCCAGCUGGCAUUUUACAGCCACCUUUCUACGGAAAUGGAAUCGAAGCCAUAAACUACGGAUCGAUAGGUGCUAUAAUGGGUCACGAGGUGACUCACGGAUUUGAUGACCAAGGCCGUCGCUACGAUGAAGAAGGAAACCUCAAGCAGUGGUGGUCGGCGGCGACUCUUGAGCACUACCACGAGAAGGUGCGAUGCAUCAUCGACCAGUACAGCCGGUACCAUCUGCCGCAGCUGCCCGGGUACAAGGUGCACGGUUUCAACACCCAGGGCGAGAACAUCGCUGACAACGGCGGUCUGCGCGCCGCACUCCGCGCGUACAGGCUGCACGCGCGCCGACACGGCACGCGGCGGUUGGCGCUGCCGGGCCUACAGUAUGAACCCGAUCAGCUGUUCUUCUUGGGAUUCGCGCAGAUUUGGUGCGGCAACUCAACGGUGGGUGCUCUAAAAUCCAAGAUGGUGGAAGGAGUACACAGCCCCAACAAGAUCAGAGUGAUCGGCACCUUGAGCAACUCGGAGGAAUUCGCGCGCGCGUGGUCAUGUCCUACUGGCUCGCCCAUGAAUCCCGAACGCAAGUGUGUACUGUGGUAGUGACCACCACAUCUGCAUGUGGUAAUAAUUACCACGUGGCAGUCUUCAUGUGGUUGUAACCAUCUCAGAGUCUAUAUGACCACGAGAUAGUCUACAUGGGGUUAAACCAUGUCAGAGUCUACACAUACCUUUGGUAAGACAAGGGCACAAAUUAUUUUCAGAAUGAUUAGCGUUUAUGCCCUUAUCCUACCGAGAGAACUAUGUGGUAACAAUCAUUUGAUAGUCAGUUGUAGACAAGUGUAGCAGGUAGCGACCAUCUUCUCGUGAUAUGGACAACCAGCUUGUGACCACAUAGCAAUGACCUUGUGUUUGCCACACUGAAAAGUUACCACAACUAGGUCACGUGGUAAUGCUGAAUGCUGUAGUUAUUGUUAUCGAACUGACAUAGUUACCACCUUACUAGAUCAAUGCUCAAAGUGUUAUUAGAUGUAGUAAGAGACAGAUCUAUAGUAGAAAAUUUAGAUGUAAGAAAGAGAUGGAGUUAUUUGUGAUGACAUUUUUAAUUACUCUUUACUUAGUGUGCCUUUAUUUAAUCGAAAUAACUUAUGUUUUGACAACGAUAUUUUUGUUUGGCGAUUGAUUUUUAUUGUGAUACCUAAUGUUUAAUGUAAUUUGUAUUUCAUCAGAAAUUGUAAUAUGUUUUAUAGUGCCAGUUUAAACAUUUAAAAA